GUAGUAAUAUACUAUCUGAAGAUUAAUUAAGAGAAUUUUUUGUUUGCACUCCCCCCAGGCUACCACUAUCUUAUCGAAGGUCUGCGCCUACUCAAGAACUAUUAUUAAACAAACAUGCGACUCAACACGACACGACACAACAAGGUCCCUUUACCCCUCACGCCGCUCACCUCUGGACUCGCUGAAACCACUACCACUCCACACAGCCGCCUAUCAUUGGCGAUCCCCAGAUACCGGUAGUCAAUUAGAAGAUGGAACGAUAAGUCCCUCUGUUCCGCCAAAUGCCUUACCAAUUCUGACAACAAUGCUGCCAAGCUUUCACAUCUACACCAGCACUGCUACAGCAUUGUUCCCCAACACCGGUGGCAGCAUGCGCAGGUCCUGAUAGUACCGGCACUCGAGUCCAUUAUGACAACGAGCCUCCUGCAAAACAUCCCCGGAACUGGAAAUGCGAGACAACCAUACCGGUACCGGUGCAAGCAAAUUUUUUUGCCUUCCGCCCAAUGGGCGGGAGAAGUAACCGCGGUGUGAGCCGGCGCCAAUGGGAUUCGAGAAAGUUACCGGGGUGUUAGUUGGUCGUUGGCUACUGGAUAGAUGGAUGGGGAUAUAAGUAGGCGAAUAUGGGGCCUUCCACUCCGCGCGGGAAGAGGUUGGGAAAGAAGGUGAAGAGGUGGACACGAUUCUAAUCGACCCCCCUACGCUCCAGACAAACUCGAUUUGCUGUACGGUACGCUACACCACGCGAAUUAUCAUAUACCACAAUGCACUCACCAUCCACAACAACACAUCUCCUCCUCCUCACUUUCCUCCUGACCCUCACCCAUGCCCUCCUUAACACCCAGACCCCCCUCCUCCAGCCAGAGACCUCCUCCCCAAAUAACCUCACCAUCGCCACUGCGCCAUGGGGCUACCACUACCACUCCGGCCCUCUCUCCUGGCACAGACUCUCUCCAGCCAACGUCCUGUGCAAGACCGGUAUCCGGCAAUCCCCAAUAAACAUCCACCAAGCACUGAAGCGCCCGACCGGGCUGAAGCUGCGGCGGGGCGACUACCGUGAGUACGGGAUCCUGGAGAACGAGGGUCAGACCGUUAGCAUAAAACCGCAAGAGGAAGAUGCAAAGUACGGCUACCAACUCUACCCCGGUGACUCGGCCGGCGGAGGCGGGGGAGUCGGCAAGGGUGGAGGAUGGGCAUUACUCGACACAAUGCACUUCCACACCCCUAGCGAACACCACCUUGAUGGCGAGCACUUUGUCGCUGAGUUACACGCCGUGUUUAAGACUACCGACGGCCAAACAACUGUCCUCUCUACCCUCCUGGACAUAGACACCACUAGCAGCAAUCACCUCCUCACAACAUUGCACCCUUGGCUCCCCUUUGUCGCCACACCACUCACCGCCACCUUUGUGCAAUUCGACCCCAGCCCCAUCCUUGACCGCUUCUAUCGCGCGUAUCGUCGCGAGCGGGUGUAUACCUACCGCGGUAGUCUCACGACCCCGCCCUGCACGGAGAACGUACUACGCAUGGUCUCGCAGGACCCCGAGAAGAUUAGCGUCGAGCAUUACCGAAGGCUCAAGGCGAUUACAAAGUUUAAUGCGAGGUAUCCGCAGAACCAUCCGGGGUAUAUGAAUUUGUUGGAGUGGGCUUGUGAGAAGUAGGAGUUUUGGUAGGGUGAUAUAUGAGUAGUCUAAUGAACAAGGAUUUCAUCCCCUUCU